AUGUCUGCAACAUCAACCUACACACCUAUAGAUUUAACCAGAUCCCCAGCGAGAGGACGUAAUAGUAGAAGUCUAAGCGAAGUAAUAACAAUAGAAGAUGACAGUUCACCCAUGCGAACGCCUGAACGAAUAACAAUUCAACCGGCGCGAAGGAUGCCCUCGAUACACCGGACAAGUAACCCCACACCUUCCUUUUCCCCUGCAGACAGUUUUGAAAGCGGACUGAGUAACAAUCCUUCAAGAUUGAAUUUCGGUGCAGUGUUAACACAAACAAUUGUCGGCUUAUUCUACCCUUAUCAUGGGAAUCUGCAUGCGCAACCACCACCACAUAAUCCUUCGAGGCCAACAUCAACACGCUCUCGCCGUGAAGGCACACCGAACAUAGCAUAUGACAAUUCUGAAGUGGUAUGUCUGCCAAAUCCUCCCUCCCGAAAACAACCAGAAGAUAAACCGCCUAAACCCGGACAUGUCGUGGAUCUUGAUGAAACCAAAAUAUUAGUAUGUUGUGACUGCGAUCAGGUGUUAGGAGAGAAAUUGUGGACAUUAAAAUGCGGACAUAUUAUUUGUGGUGGAUGUGCUGAUAAUUCUAAUAAUUUAAAGAACAAAGUGUGUCCGAGUUGUGGAAUGAAAACAAGAACGACUCACUUACAACAGCUUUAUGUAUAA